AUGACGGCGCUUGGAUCUGCACCACAAGAAAGCUCGGAGCUGCUGGCCGAUGCCCGAACGAGUAGCGGGGUGCAAGUUAGCCAACAGGUAUGGGUGCGGGACGCGACUUUGGUUCUUGGGUCCGGCAUUGGCCCUCCUGGCGUUCAUCAUGCGCCCUCGUCGUCUGGAGGCAUGCGGCAACAGUGUGAUGCAGAUGGACCUCACCUAGGCCGUUCCUCCCAAGCAUCGUUAGCCGGACUUCAGCCGGGUCCGCCCCUCGCCGGAAGGUGUGAGGUUGGUGGACUGGACCAGCUGGAUGUGACGAGCGAAGGAGUGCAGUUGCACCGUUCCGCGCAGGCGGGAGGUGGAAACUGUGUAGCCGGCGGCGCUGACACUCCAGACGUCUUGGACGCGCUGUUCAGCAGCUGGGGCGAGGAGGUCGGACAGGUCUUUGAGGAGCCCGCCGGGGGCCCGGUGUCCCCGCGACCGCAUAGCAACGGGUCCCAAGCUGUGGACUGUUCACAAUUGCACUUGAGUAGCACCCAAGAGGGGCAUCUCAUCGCGACGAAGGAUCCCGUCGGCGGUUCUUCCAUAGUCCAGUUUCUGCACCUACCGCCGGUGCAGGGCCGACAGCUUCCAAAGGUCCCUCCGGCAAUGCAGGUCGAUGUGCAGGGAGGGCCCCAGAGCUUGGGUGCAGCAUUAGCGCCGCCUGGGCAAUCGCAAGGCGGUGGUCAGAAUGCAGCCGCGCCCGCGAUGCCCUGGCUCAGCAAUUUACUCAACGCCCAGUACCAAGGCCUUGCAUCUGAGCAGCAGCUGGCGGCAAUCAACAGCCUUCUGGUUAAGCAAGAGCCAGUAUCUUUGCAGCCCGCGUGCUUUAUCGGUGGCAUGGGAACUGCGGGGCCCGUCGCGCUACCAGGCAUGCUUGCGCCCUCUCCGCGGCAAAGCUGCGACGGCACGUCCAUGCUUGCACCGUCUGGGGCCUUCUCUCAGCAGCCCCAGCAGCCGCUGCAAGCUCCGACGGCAACACCGGUGUCGACCAGCGCAAGCAUGGGCGUUCCGGGCACGAGUGGCUUCCCUCAGUCGUUUAACGGCUUUCUCCCCUACAUGCCAUGCGGUAGUGCAGACAAGGGCCAAACGCUCCCGCUGCCGCUCCUGGGUCCCAUUCAGACCCUCGCCAGCGCCGCGUGGGCUCAGGUGGCAGCUCAGAGCUCCGGGGUACAGACUGGCGGCACAGCUGGGAGCGGGCAGCCGUCGCAGCCCCCGACGCAGUCGCAGCCACAGAUACAGCCCAGCGGAGCCGGGGGGACAGGAGGAGCAGGGCAGCACUUCGGAGGCGGGGCCUGCGGGACUCCGGCGAUGAGUGUGAACGGGCUGUGCCCUCCGCCGUUCGGGACGUUUGUGCCAUCGCAGCAGCUGCAGCAGCCCCAACAGCAAGCCAGCCAGGCUCAGCAUGUGUCGAUUGCGCAGCCACAGCCACAAAACAGCGGCAUUAGCGCAACGCAGCACCAAUUGCCGCCAGUCAAGCAGGCCCAGUGGCUAAUGAUGAACAUAAGCCACGCCGCUUCUUCGGGGACCUCGGGGGGCACAGCCGCCGCAGCCAACCCGGGCGGCAGCACGGGCCUUCCACUGGGGGGCCUUCAGCUGCCUCCAGGCGCAGCGGUGGCAUUCACCAACGCCAGCGCGGCCGCCGCAGCUGCAGCCAAUGCCGCCGUGGCAGGACUAAACAACAUGCCUGCGGCAUCGGCGUUGGCAGCGUCGCAGGGCCCCCUGGCGUCAGCCGCAGUGACGGCGGCAGCAGCCACGAGUGCGGUGAUGCCCGGGCCAGCGCCGGAAGGAAGCAAGGUUAGCCGUGAGCAUGACCCACGGUACCGAGAGCCGCGGGACCAUGCUGAACGCGACGAGGCGCUCACGAGGUACCGGCAGAAGCGCAAGACGCGCCAUUUUGAGAAGACCAUUCGUUACGCAUCGCGGCAGAUUCUGUCCCACAAGCGGCCCCGCAUCAAGGGCCGCUUUGUGAAGACUCAACCCUGUCAGGCUGCCAUCAUUGGCAUGUCGCCCGCCACCACUCACGAGCCGCGCACCAGUGAGGACCCCGAGGCAGGCGACGAAGCGGAUGAUGAACAGGAGGCGGAGCUGGAGGAAGUGGAGGAGGAGAACGACCCUCUGGUGGCCUCUAAACCGCCUCUCAGGGAGGCGGGCGGCCCCUUAAUGGACUUGGAGGGGGGGCCCGCAGCAGCCGAAGGCCCGCAGGAGGCGGUGGCCGAGGGGGGCAUCGGAAUAACUGGUCGCAUGGAGGCAUGCGACGACGCACCUGGCUGCAGGAAUAGCUGUGACGCGAUGGAAAUUGAGGUAUCUGGCGGAGAAGGGGCGUACGGGGUGCCUCGGGAGCUUAUCAGCGGCGGCGGAAGCAGAGGCGGCGGCGGUGGAGCCGGCACCGCAGGAGGUGGAGGUUGCAAUGGCAGUGGCGGCGCAAGGGGCUUGUGCACGGCGGUGGCAAACACUCCGGGUCGUGGGGCUUCCGUUGGCGGUAGCAAUGAAAAGACGUUCUCCCAGCACGCCACAGUGGGGGCUGCCGGCACAGGCCUUGCCGCUGCGGGCCACAGCGGCGCACUUGCACCCGCCGGAGGUGCCAUGGGGGGAGGUCUGCAUCAGCUACACCCACACCCACACCACCACCACCAUUACACGGGUGGCCGACAUCACAGCCACCAUCACGCCGGUAUGGGUCACCUGACUGCAGUAGAGCAUAUGGGUCCGCCAGCGCUAGGGAUGAGGGGAGUUGUGAACUCGGCAGAGCGGCUGGCGGCUGCAGCGCCUACGGCAGCCGGGGUUGACGGGGGCCCUGCGCUUGGCAGCGGCGCCGUUGGAGGCGAGGGACUGCACCUGCUGUCGGACAUGGAUGUGCAGCUCAGUGGCCAAACACCUGCACAUGCGCAGGCGGCUCUCUCCGGCAGCGCGCACGCACAGGCGCAGCGCGGCAUCAGUGGCGCCACACAUGGCGGCGGCGCGGAGGAGGAAGAGGAGGCGGUGGGUCCGAGCCACUCUGUCAACAGUCGUCUGAGCGCUGGCAGUGUCCACACGCCGGGGCGCUGGCGGACCUUGGGUGGCGCCGGCGGCACGGCAGCCGCUGCGGUGUACGAGGAGGGCGGGUUACGAGGCGGCACCCAGUCGCACCCCCAUGCGCACCCCGCACACCCUCACCCGCAUGACGGCGGCGUGUACUGGGACGCUGCAGGCGCCGGCAAUUGCUUGAUCAAUGGUGGGAUGGGCGGCAGGCUGGUGGGCAAUGGCACAACAGCCCGGGGGAAUGGAUCUGGAGCAGCCGAAGCGGACGGUACUGUUAACAGCACCAAAGGGGCCCCGAAGGCCCCCCUGGCAGCAGCUGUUAAGGGGAACACCAAGGCUUCAAGGAACUGCAUUGCCAACGGCAACGCAAAUUGCGCUGCUGGUGGCAACGGCAACUGCAACGGCAACGGCGCGUCCCAUCUGGCCAAGGCUGGCGGCACAUGUACCCCCCCGGCGAUGUCAGUACCCAACAGCGCCUCGCCUGGCAGCCUCAUGCUGGCGGUCCCUCUGACGGCACCGCUGCUUCCACAGACGGCCACAGACAUGCACCUGACAAGCCUGGGGAAGCCUUCUUUGGAUAUGGACAGACAGGCGCAGGUGCCACCCGCUGCGCAACACUUCAUGCAGCGGCAGGCACAGCAGCAACAGCAGCAUGCAUCGCAUCCGCAGCACCCUCCGGUAAUCGCGCCUUGCAAUGAGACGGGGAGCCCCACAGCUGCUGCCGGCGGCGGCUGUAGCGGGGGAGCGGGAGGUCCAGCUUCCUGCGGUGGAAUGAGCCCGCUGGCGGCUGCAGGGGCGGGCGGUCCUGCCGGGGCGGGCUGUCGGGGUACGCCUGGGCCACCCUGCUGCCUCGUCCCUGAUUGCGCCACUGACGCCGCGGCCCCUUGUUGCAUGUCCGGUGGCGGCACCACGGAGCAGGGCAGCUGCAUGGAGGACAACCACACUCUUGUGGAUGCGGAGACCGCGGGGGGCGGCGCGGGCGACGGCGAGGGUGACAGCGAGUGCUGCAGUGCGGAGCCGCUGUGUAACGAGCGGUAUCUUGCCUGGGAUCAGAGCGCACAGUUGCAGCUUCUAAAGAUUGUCUUGAGUGACCGACUCGGCUGCACGACGGAUGAGGUUGAGUCGCGCGCAGAGCAGCUAGGGAAGCUACUGCCCGACCUGCUGACCCGCAUGGAGUGCACCAGGGUGGACAUCCUGGAGCCAUUGCUGGCUGACCUGCCAGGGCUCACCGUGCAGCUCGUUGGCUUACGGGAAUGCUUGCCGGGCGUCAACAUCAGCCGGUUGGUGGCUAAGCACCCGCGACUAUUGCGCGAGUUCAAGGAUCCAGCGACACUGGCUCUGAGACUGGAUGAGCUGCGCGCCGCUCUCCCCGGCAUAAAUGUGCCUGUCCUGGUAGAAGAGGAGCCCCAUCUACUGUACUGUGACAUUAACCAGGUUCUCAACAACUGCAAACGGAUUGUGCCCAACUGCGAUCCGGUUAAGCUCUUGAUCUCGCAACCACAGAUGGUUCUAUCGGCAGUGGAAGCGGGCCUUUCCUCAGCGAUGGAUGUCGAGGGCGGGGCCCCUGUGACUGCACAUUAGAACGCGAGAAAGCCCGCUGAGAGUUGCGUUUAUUUAGUUGGCUAGGGACCCUGGGGAAAGUGUGCCCUUAUUACGCCAUUUCAAGUGACAAAACCAGGGAGACGCGUCAGAUAUGAUUCCUUCUUAGCGGUAUGCUUAUUAUUCAAGUUGGACAAUCUCGCGUGCCCAGUUAGUUGGUUGGAAAC